AUGGUGAAAAAAAUAGUACUCUCCUUAGUGCAUAAUGCCAGCACACAAAUAAAUAACGAACUGGUGGCACUAAAUGAUGACAUUCUAUUUCUACAGAAUGAAUUUAGAAUAAGCGAAAACAAAAAAGUUCAAGAUUUGGUGAAAAGAAAAUUUUACAUAAAGGAGAAAGAAAAAUAUAAAAAAUUAAGUGAAUUCUUAACUAAAUACGUAACCUUUUUGUUAGACAAAAACAGAAAUAAUGAAUCCACAUAUUGUAUUUAUUCUCAUUUUAUAAAAGAAAAAAAUGGAGAAAUAAGGAACUUGAUAAAAGACAUGAACAACACAAUAACAAAUAACGAAAAUAGUAAUACUAAACUUUUGAACAACCUAUGCAAAAAAAGAAAUAAGUUGAGAAAGAUUUUACAUUUAAUUAAAAUUUGUAACAUCAAAAACUUGAGUGACGAAAAAUUGCAAGAUAUAUUUUCCGAUUUAAUAUUUCAACUGAAGAGUUCGAAUCGAUCAAACAGAAAAAAUUUGUUCAGUAUGUUGCUAAGAAGUGGGGAGAAAUGUAAAUUGAAAAUGGACGAGGCGAGUAACGAAGAAGGGGUAAUUGGUGUAAGCACAGGAAAGAAAUUCGCAGAUUGUAUAAUAACAAAUGAUAGCAAUGUUAACACUGAUGGUGAUGAAAAUGUUGGUACUGAUAAUGAGAAUUCUUCGCAGAUGAACCUUUCUUCCACGGAAGCAUCAGUAGGAGUAGAAGAAAAUUCAAGCAUUGACCAAAUGAGCUAUUCUGAAGAAGUAAAUGAUCCACCUGAUGUAUAUACCUCUGAUGCAUCAAAAGGAGAAAAUAGUGGAAAUGAUUUAUUAACAAAUGAAAACAUAUUCGAAAGAGGAAACAUAUUAAAUGGAAAAUAUCAUGCGAAACAUUACUCCUUGACUAAGCAUUUUUUAAAUAACCAAGAAAGGAAUGGUUGUAACUAUUCUUUAAUGAAUAAAUUUAAUUCGAUGAGAAAAUGUUUUAGUAACACAGAAAAGGUGGUUACUCCCUCCAUUUUUAACAAUGAUAAAGGAGUGAAUUAUAAUGAAGGAGAAGGAUUUACAUGGACAAAUGAAAGGAGGGAAAAUGGAAUUUCAAUAUUAGUAAAAUCUCUUCAAGAAAAUAUGAAUAAUAUCCUGAGUAGACAUAUGAACACUGAAACUUUAGAAGGGCACAUAAAAAGUAACCCUAAUUUAUUAGUUAAAUAUAUGCCUCCCUCCAUAAAUAAAAGUGGAAAAAAUGUGUACACGAAAAAAGGGAAUGAUAAACCCAAUGAUGAGAGAGUAAAAAAACACAAUCGAUCGAAUUUCUCUGGUUCUGCUUCUUCGUCGUCGUCUUGUUCCUCCUCCUCUUCCUCGUCUUCAUCUUGUGAUUUUUUUGCACCUAAAGGGUGUAACGGAGAAAAAGCUAGUUCGUGCAGUAAUGUUAGAAAAAAAAAAUAUAUCUUUAGAAUUAAUAAAAAGGGAAAUGGAACACUUCAAGUUAAAAAAGAAGGACAAAAGUCGGCAAACUGUAUUUACCAUUUUGAGAUGAUUUAUGACGAUGAUGUGGGUGAUAGUGCUGGUGGUGAUAAAGCUCGUGGCAAUGAUGCAGGUGAUGAUAAUGCAGGUGAAAAAAAUGAAUCGAAGAAUAAACGUCUAGUGCGCGUUUCAUUUUUGAUAAAGGGAGGAAAGAUAUGUAGAGUGAAAAAUUUACACGUAGCAGAAGAUAAGUUCAUAAGGAAUCUAAAUUUUUGCAACAUCUGCACAGACAGAUCUGCAAAUGUGAAGAAGGAGGAUGCAGAAUGGGAGGAAAGGGACAAAAGUAGGAUGCAUCGAAGGAAGGAAAAUUUCGAAAUGGAAUCGAAAAAAAGAAUCAAUAUGUUAGAGGAAAAUUUAAAAAAUUUAAGGGAGGAAAAUUUUAGAAAAAAAUACGAGUUAACCAGAAUAAUAGAUGACAUGAAAUUUGGAAAAACAAAAGGUACGGGAAACACUCUUGCACUUGGUCUUGAUGAGGAAAUGAGAUCUUACAAUAUGGAAUUCAUAGAAACGAAUAGAUUAAGGGGAUUGUAUAUUCAUAUGUUAGACACACAAAACCAAUUAGAACGAGACAAAAAUUUUUACAAAAAUGAGCUAGAAAAACUACAAGAAGAUAUUAAAAAUAAUACAGCACCAAUCUCAGAUUUUUUGAAGGAAGAAAAAAUUAAGUUUAUGGAAAGAGAAAAAGAACUUUAUAAAAAAGAAAAAAAAUAUUUUCAUAUAAAAAAUCAGUUAAAAAAAAAAGUGGCUCACCUUCAAAACGAGUUAGAGUUAACAGAAGAAAAAUUAAAGAUAGAAAAAGAAAUUAAUAAAAGCUUAAAUAGUAGAAUGAAAGAAAAAAUAUAUAUUUUAGAAAAAAAUGAAAGUGAAAGGAGAAAUUCAGAUAUGACAAAUGAAUCCAAAAUACAUUCUUUAAAUAUUGAAUUAAACCAAUUAAUGAAUACAAUGUCUAUUGAAAAAAAGGAAAAAACAAAACUGCAAAAUGAAAUAUCUCUUCUCAAGAAAGACAUGACUUUUGAUAAUUUCAGAAAAGUAGUUUUAAAUAAAGUAACAAAAACAAAUGAUGAUAUAAAACAUUUGGCAGAAAUAUUAGAAAUGUUAACCAAAGAAUUGGAAAAUAAAAUAUCAAAAGAAAAUAUAAAUGAUAGACAUGUGCUUGAACUGAAAGAGGAAUGUAAAAAAAAAAUUUACAUGUUAAAUGCCGUAGAAGCUCAAAUGAACAAUGACAAGAAAAAAAUGAAAAAAAUGAGCGAAGAAAUAGCUUAUUUAAGAGAAAAAAAUAAAAACUUGGUCGAAUGUGUGAAGUAUAUGAUUAAUUCAAAUGGAAGUACCAUGUCGCAUGAACAUUACCUCGUCCCUAAAGAUGGUUAUUAUUUCUCUCUAGACGAUGGAGAAAAAAAAGUGGAAAAAGGAAUUCAUCGCCCUAUGCAAACAACAUCACGACUUACCAAAUCAAAUAAUCUCGAGAUGGCACAUUAUAAUAGAAAGGAAGAUGAUAUGCCAGAUCUGAACAUUUUUGCACAAAAAAAGGGAGUUGCUAAAAACAGUCGUAGUUACACCAGCUUUUCAGAUAACAGUUCCUUGUUUCUCUGUCACAACAUGGAGACAAAGCGGGAAGCAUCUACGUAUGAGGAACUUCUUUAG